AUGGAUUCCAAUAUGUUUUCCGGUUGUGUGAGAAUUCUGAGAGAAUCCCAUUCCAUUCUUCUGAAAAACAGAAGCCUUAUGGCCUCCAUCUCCUUACUCAUCCUCCUCCUUCACUCUUUCCUCGUCUCAUGCAAAUUCUUCUUCCUUAGGCUUUUAAUUAAAGAUUUUGCCAUGAAAGAAACUCGUCUGUUCUUUACAAGCCCAGAAAGUUCUCAGUACACCAACCUUGUUUCUGCUAUGACAGAAGAUGUUCACUUAUUUGCAGCACUCGCAUGGUUCUUCGUUCUUGCCCUCUCCAUGGCCUCCUUAUUCUCAGCAGCCACUGUAGUUUUAGCAUCAGCUAUAACUUAUGGAAAAGAAAACUUGUCUUUCAGAGAUUUGCUGCCAAAAGUAUUCAAAGCAAGUAAAAGGCUAAUAAUCACUUGGUUCUACGUAUCUGUCUUUGAUCUUGGUUAUUUAGUCCUUGCAUCCAUUUCCAUAUUUGCCUUGGCUAUGAAUUUGGCUUCUCCACAACGCCCAACAACCUUUGUUUAUGUCAUAUCAAUUCCAGUGUUAGCUUUUCUGAUAUUCCUCGCAGUGGUUUGGAACAUGUCUGUUGUUAUUUCAGUACUUGAAGAGAAAAGCGGACUUGAAGCAAUUGGGAAGGCUUCGCAGAUUUUGAAGGGAUUGAAGGGGCAAGGGUUUCUGCUAAAUCUUGUUUAUACAGUAAUUGCUUUGAUUGUGCAGAUCUGGUGGUUCCUGGAGACAAAGAAGAAAGGAACUUACAACUCACUGUUUCUGGCACUAAUUUUGGUGAAUGUCACCUGCCUCACUAAGAUGUCACAAAUGAUGGCGUUCACAGUGUUUUAUCAUAUGUGCAAGUUCAACCAUGGAGAAGAGGUUGAGUUGCAGGGAAACUUGGAAUACACUAAGUUGCCCAUUGAACCAAUGAUUGGAGCAGAAGCACCGUAG